AUCGCAGCUCCAAGACGGCCUCUCACCUCUGAACGGAAGAUAAAGCGGAGAUUACAACUGCUACGCUCCCGGCCUGGCGCCAUAAUGCCACUGGAUUCCGGUGAAAGGUCUGCAGGUGGCUCGUAGACACAACCUGACUGGCUGUUUGGGAUUUUUUGUCUUUGUUCCCCUGCAUCAGUGGGCGGUGCAAGCACGAAAGGGGCUGCUGCAUUCCGACUGGCGGCCGAGACAGACACCGACCACCAGAUAAAGACGGAUAUAUAACUCAUCUCUGGCCAUGGCGGCGAGCAAAGAAGAUGAGCUGGGGUGGAAGAGGCCCAAACGGAACGCGUCUGUUUGUCUCUUGAUUGUGUGUAUUUGCCUCGGCAUCCAAGCUUUCGAAAUGCUGCGACACAUUCUAGUCGGCUACCUGUUCGCAGGCCUGUCAAACCAAGCUCCCCUCUCCCGAUUCAACCAGUCAGCGCCUCUCAAGUUCAAAUCCGAUGGCACGUUCCAGCUGUCCAUCUUUGAGGACCUGCACUUUGGCGAAAAUGCAUGGGACGCAUGGGGUCCUCAGCAGGAUAUCAAUUCCGUCCAAGUCUUGAACAAGGUGCUUGACUUUGAUAGACCCGAUCUGGUAGUCCUAAACGGCGAUUUAAUUACCGGGGAAAACACCUACCUGGAGAAUAGCACCGACUAUCUCGACAUGAUUGUCGGCCCUAUGGUAGAACGCGGGUUGACCUGGGCCUCGACCUAUGGUAACCACGAUUACCAGGUCAAUGUGACAGGAAAGACCAUCCUUGAGCGCGAGCGCCGAUGGCCGAAUGCGCGGACUACCCAGAUGGUCUUUGGCCGCGAGGCUGGCGUGUCAAAUUAUUACCUCCCUGUCUACCCUUCGAAUUGCACUGAAACUGCCAAGUGUGCGCCGGAGCUGCUGCUCUGGUUCUUUGACAGUCGCGGUGGCUUCUAUUUCCAGGAGUGGAACGACGAUGGCUCGAAAGUAGGCCAGCCGAACUGGGUUGAUAGCAGCGUGGUCAAUUGGUUCCGGCAAACGAACCAGGCCUUGGUCACGCAGCACGGAAAAGCCAUCCCUUCCUUGGCCUUUGUGCAUAUCCCAACCUACGCAUCCCUCAUGCUACAGACCAAAUCCGGCAUCGACGGCAACCGCCAGCCCGGUAUCAACGACGACUAUCCCCUCGCGCCACAGGCUCAAGGUUGGUGCUCUGAUGGCCGCAACGAUGGCAGCUGCUCGUACGGCGGGCAGGACACUGCAUUCAUGCAGGCUAUAACCGAGACGACAGGUUUGAUGGCGCUCUUCUCCGGCCACGACCAUGGAGACACGUGGUGCUACAAGUGGGACUCUCUCGUCCCCGGGAUGACGGUCAAGGGUAAUGGCAUCAACAUGUGCUUCGGUCAGCAUUCUGGUUAUGGCGGCUACGGGAACUGGAUCCGCGGCGCGCGACAAGUCCUCGUCUCGGAAUCCAAGCUCAAAGAUUUAGCUGUCGAUACGUGGAUCCGACUGGAGUCAGGCAACACUGUUGGAUCGGUGUCACUGAAUUCAACGUAUAACCGGGACCACUACCCAGAGACGCCGAAUGAUAAGACAUCCUGCCCUACUUGUUGAUCUGCGCUCUCUUCGAGUCUUUCACGGUUUCUCUCCCGACUAUGUAGAUCAAGGGGAGAUAUCAUUUCAGCUUUACAGACAUUGAGACUAUAGGUCUUGAAUCGUUUUUUCCGACGUAUUUAGCUUUUUUAGCCUUACUCAAUAUUAUCACAUAGAUCAAAGCCA